AUGGAAGCCUUCAUCAAUUCCCGCGAAACCCGCCCUCAGCUGAUACACACUCUUCUGGCGGCCCUGCCUCCCCUGGACCCCUUACUCGAAGAGUUCCGUGACGUGGCUACUCUUCCUGAUGGCUACAAGAUCGACCUCCAAAUCGUGCGCCAUCGCGGUGUAAACGAAACCAACGGCGGAAAGCCUCUAAUUCUCCUAUGGCCCGGCGGCGGCUUCAUCGUCGCGGGCGUCGAGCCAACAACUCGGCCUGCUCGCGAAUUCGCCCUCGAAUUUGACGCUGUUGUCGUCAAUGCAACCUACCGUUUGGCGCCCGAGCACAAGUUUCCUCAAGCCGUCAUGGACGGUUGGGAGACUGCUAAAUGGCUUGCCAAGAACGCCAGCCGCUACGGCGCAGACAUCACCAAGGGUUUCGUGAUCGGUGGCUGGUCUGCAGGAGGAAACAUCUCUGCAGUCGUCGCACAGAGAUCCGGCGUUGAAGGUCUUGGUAUCACCGGUGUGAUGCUGGGUAUCCCGCUCAUUUUCAGCAAAGACAUCGUCCCUGAGAAGUAUGCUUCAGAAUGGACCUCCCGAGAGGACAACGCAACGUGGAGUGAGACAUUUACAACGGAAGUCAUUGAAUCUGUAAAGCAUGCAUAUGAUGCGGAUGUCAAAUCGAAAUGGUACUCGCCCAUCAACGACCCUGAGGCGAUCCCUAAGUCUCCCAAGACCUAUAUCCAUGUCGGCGACAGAGACCCUUUGAGAGAUGACGGGUUGAUUUAUGCCAAGGUUUUGCAGGAUAACGGGGUUGAAGUAAGAGUGGAUAACUACCUGGACUGGGGCCACCAAGGCUGGACUAUCUUUGCGCCCAAGGAGGUUCCCGCGGACUUAGCGUCGAACACAAUGAAGGGAAUGAAAUGGUUAUUGGGCAGGGAAUAG